GUUGCAGGAGCUGACAGUCUGCUCAGAAGACACUGUGGAUGUGCACAAUAUAGAGCUCAUGCAGUACAUCAACGUGGACUGCUCCAAACUUAAAAGACUGCUCCAAGGCCCUGCUCUUCAACCCCACCAAGUCCUUCUCUCGCGGGGCAGGCAGCCAGAACGCAGACGUGGACCUCAUGAUCGACUGCUUCGUCUCCUGUUUCCGUAUCAACCCUCACAACAAUCAGCACUUUAAGGUCUGUUUGGCCUCCGCCUCCCCCUCUACCUUUCACUUUGUCCUGGUCAACUCCCUGCACAGAAUCAUCACCAAUACUCUGUCAUUUAAAGAUGAAAUGACCACCAGCCUUAAGUUCAAAGAGAACCACAGACCUGGAUACACGCAGCUACAAGUGCCUCCUCCUCGCUCUGGUCAAACUCAUCCAUGCUGACCCCAAACUCAUGCUGCACAACCCAGGGAAGCAGGCUCAGGAGACGCAGAGCUGAUCGCAGGCCUGGUGCAGCUGGUGCUCUUGGUCAGUACAUCCCAGCUUUCCCAGGAGGCCAUGGAGGCUCUGCUGGUGCUGCACCUGCCUGAGACCAUUGAGCUGUGGAACCCUCAGGCCCCCAUUGAAACCUUCUGGGACAUCAGCUCCCUAGUUCUCUUCCUGAUCUGCAAGAAGCUGAUUGGUCACCAGAUGGUGAACAGUACAGAGGUGUUGAAGUGGCUGAGGGAGAUCCUUAUCUGCAGGAACAAGUUCCUCCUAAAGAACAAGGAGUGUGCCACGCAGGGCAGUGGAAUCCCCAUCUGCAGACAGGCCCAGACCAAACUGGAGGUGUGUCUAUACAUGUUUCUGUGGAGCCCUGACACCGAGGCCGUGCUGGUGGCCAUGUCCUGCUUCAGACACCUGUGUGAGGAGGCUGACAUCCACUGUUCCGCUAACGAGGUGCUCGUCCAGAUCAUCCUGCCCAACUACGCCACCUUCACAGAGUUCGCCUCCGUCAGCAACAUAAUGGCCACCGGACGUUUCACCCUGCAGAAGAGAGUGAUGGCCUUGUUGAGAAGGAUAGAGCACCCCACUGCAGGAAAUACUGAGGCAUGGGAGGACACGCAUGCAAAAUGGGAGCAGGACACCAAACAGAUUCUGAACUUUCCCAAAAACAAGGUGGAGGAUGGUCAGGAGUGGAUCAACAUGACAGGCUUCCUGUGUGCUCUGGGUGGGGUGUGUCUGUCCCAGCACAGCAAGCCCUGUGGCCCCACCACCUACAGCCCCCCCAUGAGCGAACGCAAGUACUCUAUGGUCUCUGUGUGCGUCUGUGAGGUCUCCAACGCUGCAGCUGGAGCCUCAGCCACCUGCUCCUCCUCUUCCUCCACUGAAACCCCCCUGGGCAGGUUCCUGGACCGCCUGCUGGUCCUGCUGGUAUGUGGUCAUGAGAGGGUGGGUCUACACGUCCGCACCAACGUCAAGGAGCUGCUGGGGCUGGAGCUCAGCCCGGUCCUGUACCACAUGCUCUUCAACAAGCUAAGGAACAGCAUCGGAAGCUUCUUCGACACACAGGCAACACGUUGUCUUAGGCAACACGUUGCAUGCCAUCCAGAUGAAAACCAAGCUGUGCCAGCUGGUGGAGGUGAUGAUGGAGAGACGAGACGACCUGUCCUUCUGCCAGGAGAUGAAGUUCAGGAACAAGCUGGUGGAGUACCUGACAGACUGGGUGAUGGGCACCUCCAACCAGGCUGCUGAUGACGAUAUCAAGUGUCUGACCAGAGACCUGGACCAAGCCAGUAUGGAGGCGGCGGUGUCUCUGUUAGCUGGCCUGCCUCUUCAGCCAGAGGAGGGAGACGGGGUGGAGUUGAUGGAGUUC